AAAACUUGGGCUAUAAUUUUAAAACUGAAGCUAACUAAUGUUUAUAUUAGUAGUAAAAUUCUAGUAAUAUUGAAACAAGGAACAUUUAAAGCUAUGAAUAAUAUCUACCAGUUUUCUACUGUUAGAUUACACAAUCUUGUUCCUAAAAUAGAUCUAUGAAGAUUGUAUAAAAGAGUGUGUUAAUAGUCAUUCCACUAUCAACCUUUAAAACAGUCGGGCUAGAUUGAACUGAUAAAAUAUGAAUGAAAGGAGAAAAAUAUUAAUUGUUGGAGACGGUGAAUGCGGAAAAACGUCUAUACUAAGCAUGUUCUCACAGAAAGGCUUUCCACAAGCUUAUAUUCCAACAAUAUUUGAGAAUUAUAUUAGCCAAGUCAAAGUUAAAAAUCGAACGGUUGAAUUGGUAAUUUGGGACAGUGCCGGGCAGGAAGAUUUCGAUCGCCUUCGAAGCCUCUGCUAUCCAGACACCGAUGUCAUUCUCUUAUGCUAUUCCAUUAACAAUCCAGAUUCAUUUGUUAAUAUCACUGACAAAUGGUUACCUGAAAUACGAAGUCACUGUCCAAGAUCUCCUAUUAUACUAAUUGCCAAUAAGAUUGACUUAAGAGUUAAAGAAAAUCCUGAGCAAGAACAAACAUCAUCUAAAGUGAAAUUUGUAACGUCACUUCAAGGGGAAUCAUUGGCAAAGAGGAUAGACGCACAUACGUAUCUUGAAUGUUCUGCAUUAGAAUAUAUUGGCAUAGAUAAAAUAUUUCAAGAAGCUGCCGAAGCUGUCUUAAAAACUAAGAAACAUAAGCAUAUAUGUAAUAUAUUAUAAUUUAUUAAUCACGUACAGUUGUAAGAUUUAAAAUAUUAUAUUUCAACAUCAAAUAAAGAUUGAUAGAAAUUCCAAUAACCAUUAUUUCCAUUGUCUAUUAUUACAUGAAAAAGCGUGAUUAUAGAGUUAAUCUUAUUGUGUUUCAAGGGGGUAAUUAAUAGAUUACAGAAAAAGUUGAUUAUGAUAGAAUAUUUCCAUAAAGUAUAGUCUGAAAAACAAGAAUAGAGACAUUUAUCAUGAAAU